AUGUCUAACACACCUAGGCAUACUAUGUUUCCUAGCAGCCCUGCGGGCACUCUUCUUGCCUACCUAUUCAUUCCCUCCCCUUGCAUAUCCUUUGUCUCCUUUAUCAUAUCAAAGCCUCUUGGGGAGAAAUCGAUGUACCUCAUUCCAGCGGCAUUUUUCCUCACAACUAUACAUCACAGUGUGAUUACCUGUUUAUUGGCGAGGAAACCUUGUAUGGUUGUAGAUAUUAACUCACCCAGGGAGCCGCGGUUCGAAUGUCUGCGUCAUUUGGCUACCAUAUGUAUCGAGGGAUUCAUAGCCGUCAUAUGGUUAGCUGGUGGCAUAGCUAGCCUUGCCUUCAACAUUUCUGCAUGGAGCAAGAAAGACACUCCGCGAGAUAUCGCUUCCGCCAGCUUAGCGAUCGUAGAGGCCGGGAUAUUAACUGCAAUCACUGUGUAUUCGUGGAAGGUGAGAAGGGAAGCUCAGCAAGCUCAGCUUGAAAUAUCCAAGUCAAUCCCAGUAAUUGUCGUUAUAGACGGCGAGAGUGCUGAUUUGAUGGAAAGGGCUGCCAAGAGUGUGAGAGCAGCGAGGAGAGGGGGCUCGCUCAAAGACAUGAAGAAACACCCUCGGUCGGACAUGCGUCAUUUGGCAGCGCUCCGCCGGCCUACGACGACAUAUCAGUUCGAGUCUGAUCCGACCAGUCGUUCAAAUGUGACAAUUGUUCGUUACUUUGAAUGGGUUUAG